GCCAACCUAAACGGUCGAACUGGCAUUAUAACAGCAACGAUUUCCAAUAUUUCAUGGCAUCAAUCAUGACUGUGUUGAUAAACCAGUGAACAAAAUCUCGAAGAAAUAACAUGGAGAUGAAUACAAAGAGGAAGAUGUGUUACUUACACUUGUUGUUGUUUGAUGCCUUUAAUUGAGAAAACCAACACACAUUGCCAGGAUGAAGUAAGGUUAUUCUAUGUCUGCAAGGGGAAAAGGCAACAAAUCUGACCAGACCCAAGUGUUUAAACGUUCCAGAACUUCUCAAACCAAACGGCCCUUUUCAGGGCCACGAAAUAAAAAAGAGAUUUGCAUGCUAUCGUUUCUGCAGAUUAUAAUGUAGUGCAAUAUUUACUAAUAAUUAUUUUCAGUGACGAUAAAGUCUUAUUAGUGGGCAUGCAAUAAAAUCUGUUCAUGGACUUUUGUAUGAACCACUGAAUUAAAACGGUUGCACAGUUUUUCUUCCACAGACAAAUAGGCCUAUCCGACAGCCAACAACGAAAACAUGAUGUAGCUGACAACAGUGUAGGCGGGCCUCUGGCAACAACAGCUGGUACUGGGGUAGAUAGGGUAAUCCUGGACAUUGGUCAGUGCACCCUCAACAACAAUGCAGAUCUGCAAGAAGCCUAUGAAAUUGUGGAGGAGAUGGAACACAUCAUAUCUGAUUCUCUGCUGACAGCAAAUCACUAUUUCAUUGAGAAUAUCAAGUCUGCUUUAAUUGACAGCGAACUCGACACGUUUGAAUCCAAACCUUCAAUCAACUGUAAUGAAUUGAAAGAUGAAAUAACUAACAUGACCCUUCAAUCUAUAGGCCUACCUUUCAAUUUAGAGACGAACGACUUCUCUCUACUUUUGGUAUUCGUGACCCUUGGCUGUUAUAUUAAAAGUUUGGAGAUUUUAACAACUGAAUUAGAAUCUAAGUUGGGAAGGUUAGAAGAAGUGUUAAAUAUAGUGCUGGAUGCCAUAGACAGUUUGUUUGACACACAGGAUACUAAUAGUCAAGUAGACACGGAGGUUCAAGAAGAGUUAAACUCAUCAUUGUCAACUGAAGACACUGUUGCAAGUAGUGUAAAGCUUCUAAUCAAUGAAGGACAGGCUUUGGAAACCGCUAUCCAUCCCAUGGUUUGUAAGUGGAAUGAGAACUGCCACAAGAAGCAAGGUCAAUUUGAAAACUUAUCAGAGGCGCAUGUAAUAUGUGAACGAUUUAAUGGAGAGUGUUACGGCUUAAUCGGCAACGAAACUGUCACACUUGUUGAUAGGUGUAUGGGCGAGACAACAUCUCUAGACCUAGACUAUAAUAGUGUCCUGGUAUGGAAAAAAGAUUGCCAUCCUGUCCCCGUUAAAGUUUCAAGUUCCAUUCACAAACGAGAAGCUGGUGCCGGAACCGUAACACUGUAUCAAGACUCGUACCACAAAGGCAUAUUCGAAGACUUCCUUGUUGAUUACAUGGGUGCGGAGUUUAACGGCAAAACAUUUUCGUUCUCAUGCCAACUUACUCCUAGUACUGUGAUAGUUUUUCAACACUCACAAUUUACGGCCUUUCAAAUCUCAUAUGAAAACGAAACACCAUAUGAGGGCAAGGAUUAUAACGAUCGUUUCUCGUCCUUUAUUUUUCUGCCAUAUUCUUUAUCCAUGCUUUGUAGAGAAACCGAACCAAACUUUAAUGGGAUUGUUAAGAAUGUAUGUGCUGACACUAUAUUUUUAUCCCUAGUCAAGAUAAAGUCUUUGAAACUAUCAUGCGAGACUUGCAGCGUUACUGUGUACCAAGGUUUAUUUAAGGCGUUUCUUGCAGACGUUUUGAAAAUCAGUGAAAAAUGGAUUAAAGUAAGAUCAGUUCAAUUUCGACCUUGGGAUUAUAAAGAAUACCAGGGAAAAGUCCAAUCGCCUGUUACCUUUUAUGAAGACAAAUAUUUUGAAGGCCAAAUUAAAGAAGUAAAGGAAAAAGCCGGUUUUGUCAGCGACGCAAUGAAUGACAAAUACUCGUAUCUGAGUUGUUUGGGAAAAUGUAAUGUGCUGCUGUUUGACCACAAGGAAUUUUACGGGACAGUAAUAUCAUAUCAAGGCUCGCAAACCUUUCUGGACAGAUUAAAUUACAAAACGUCCUCAGCAGUGCUUUACCUAUACGACAAUGUAGACACCGGAAUGAUGACAGUGUUUUGCAAUUUGGCUCCUUCGACACGUACUUUAAAUGUACUUCGCCGCAAUUGGAUUGACGCAUACAAGAAAUUGGCUCCCAACCUCAAAAAUAAGAUUACAGAAAGAGAGUAUUUAGCUUUACGUGCAUACACAGCCAAAGGCAGGGUUAACGGCGGCAUAUCUACAAACAUGAAUAAUUAUUUAAGAGAUACCCCUGCAGGUCGAAAGCUCCCAAAAGCAGAAAUUGAUAUUUUCAAAGAAAAUAUGAUUCAGAUUGAUUCUUUUCUAGCUGAACAGACAAAGUACGUCAAGUCAUUGAUCCGUUACGAACAAGUUUUACCUGGUUUAAACGAUUAUCGUUCAAAUAGAGAAAUCUUUAAUCCGACAUACUUAAGUACAUCAAAAAGAACCGAUCUUAAGGUAACAGAUGUCAUUGGUACCGUUAAAAAAGGAAAUGAUUAUUACAAACUGACGAUACAGCCAAAGUCUGCUGUAGAUGUGCACCAGUUUCUUCCCCCUAGUGAAGCAAAUUACGAUUUGCUGGAAGAAGCAAUUCUUCCUCGAAAUACGAAGUUUAAAAUUAUCCGGAUGGAUCAACCAAAAUCAGUCACAUACACAAUCGAUAAUGAAAAAUACAGGGUAAAAGAAAUAAGCCUGUUUGUAGAGGAGAUAAUUCCGUCGAAUUAAUCUAUGGGUGUUCUAGAAGAUUACACAAACACAAAUUCUACUGUUUGUCACAAAUUUCAUUUUAAUAUCUUUUCU